AAUAUUCCUGAAGAAAGCUUGUAUGUGAAAUGUAACGGGCGACUGGUUAAUGAUGAAGAUGUAUUGCAGAAUGGAGCUGUUUAUAGUCUGGAACCAAGACUUUGCGGUGGAAAAGGAGGGUUUGGAUCUAUGCUGCGAGCACUCGGUGCUCAGAUUGAAAAGACAACGAAUAGAGAGGCUUGCCGCGAUCUCAGUGGAAGGCGACUUCGAGAUGUCAAUCACGAAAAAGCGAUGGCUGAAUGGGUGAAGCAGCAAGCAGAACGGGAAGCAGAAAAAGAGCAAAGGCGCUUGGAAAGGCUGCAGCGGAAACUUGCAGAGCCAAAGCACUUCUUCACAAAUCCAGACUACCAGCAGCAGUGUCAUGAAAUGGCUGAGCGACUAGAAGAUUCAGUCCUUAAAGGAUUGCAGGCCAGUUCAAGCAAAGCAGUGUCACCAGAAAGUGGCAAUAGUCGGAAGCGUCCAGGUGAAUCUGGAAAGAAUGGAACAAAAUCUGGAAAAAGAAAAUGUUUUUGGCUGGGAUUGGAAGGAUUCGAUGAUCCUGACAGUUCGGAUUGUGAGGAUGACAGUGAAGAUGAUUCCCCUCACACCUCUGAUGGAAGUUGUCCAUCAGGCAGCAGAUAUAAUGAAAAUGCUGGAAACUCCAAUGAAUGUUCAAGCAGCUCUGUGGAUUCAGUAGAGGAUAGUCCAUGUACCAGCACAACUGAGAAACCACCAGAGCAGCCAGAAGGUACUGGAAGAGAUCUGCAAGGUGACACAUACACAGGUGGGCAAACUGAAAUUCCAGCUGAAGAAAACAGUAAAAUAACAAAGCCCUUGAAGGAAGAGGCCCAAGAAAAGAAUGAAGUAACCCAAGCUCUGAAAGAAGAGGAGCAAGAAAAUGUUUCUUCUAAGGCACAGGAAACGAACCAGUUACGGAGCACAGAGGUGGAACCAAUAGACCUACUGGCGUUCAACUCUACUGCUGAACUGGAAGCCCUGGGUUUAGAUAAACUGAAGAUGGAAUUGAUGUCUUUAGGACUGAAAUGUGGAGGCACUUUAAAGGAAAGAGCAGCAAGGCUUUUUUCAGUGAGAGGUCUGUCUAGAGACCAGAUUGAUCCAGCCUUGUUUGCAAAGCCCUCUAAAGGGAAAAAAAAGUGA